AUGAUGGAGAAAAUAGCAGCAAACGGAUACGACGCAAAAUGCAACACAAAAGGUCAGGCCGACAUUUUUCGAUGGGUCCCUUGCCCGGCCGGGAAAUUAUGUGAAGAGGAGGAACCGGUGACAAAUUCAUCCACGUUACUACCCGACUCGCAGCUAACCUUGCAAAUUAUCGAGCCCGAGACGCCCGAAUAUUGGUACCUCGUGCUCAUAUCUUGCCACUUGGAUGAGAAUUGCACUUGGGUGGCUUCAAAAGCGGAGUCGAAGCUCAGCUACGAUUUGUGGUUGACGAAUGGGAAUCCGACUUUUCAAGAUCGGGACCCGUUCCGGUUGCAGUUUAGCUUUGACGAGCAGGACGCUACCCAAAUGUACCUCCUGACGCUCGUCGCGUACACCAUUCUCUGCGGGCUGAUCUAUCGUGGAAAAGCCAUUCAAAAGAAGCAUUAUUCCCCUAGCCGCCUCAACCUCCUCGCCUAUAUCGCUUACCUAAAAACGGCCGGAGUUGCCCUCCAAUCCCUCAAUAUGCUUGUAUUCGCCUCCGACGGUGAAGGGGUGUUUCUUGCUCGGCUGAUUGGAGAGGUUCUCAGAAUGGUGGGCAUCGACUUACUAUGUCUGCUGCUCCUGCUCCUCGCGAGAGGCUGGGCCUUCAACAACGGGGAGACGAUCACCAAGUGCUUCUUCUUCAGCUGGAUGUUCUUGAGCGCCAUCAAAUUCGUGUUGUUUUGCUGUAAUUUUAUCUUUGUCUACGACAUCGUUCACGACGUCGACAUUUUCAUCAGUUGGCCCGGUUACGGUAUGCUGGCCAUACGCAUCAUUUUUGCGCUGUGGUUCCUGUUAGAAAUCAGAUGGCUAAUUAAGCGUGAACGCUGCCACGAGAAAGCAGUUUUCCUCGCACAUUUCGGGGCCGGCUUCCUGGUGUGGUUCGUCUAUCUGCCCGGCGUCGGCGUUGUCGCGCAUUUCAUAUCAGUGUUAUGGAGGUUUAAGAUUAUAUUAGGUAUCAGAACUCUAGCCAACUUUGCCGCCAUCGCCAGCCUUGUCCACCUGUUCUGGCCGUACAGCCAGUACAAGAAGUAUUUUGGGGUCGAUUUUGGCCAUAUCCGGACUGGGCGAACAGACUCCAACGAGCUUGAAGACUUUGAAAAGCUGCUGUUUGAGGCCAGUGACUCUGAAGGGGAGGGUGAUACCUCGCCUCGGGGUCGUGUUUUUAACGAGAUU